GCUUCCCAUGAAUCCUUCCAUAACCUCUCUCUCUUAUCUCUUUUUCUCUCGAAACUCUCAGAUUCGCCGUUUUCAUUACACAAACCUAUACGUAUAACAAAUAUCAUUUUAGACUUUCUGAAUUUAUUUUCAAAGAGACUGUGCUUGAAGAUGCAAUCAGCUACUAACGGUGGUGGCUCUGAUCCGCAGCAACAAACCCAGAACAGUACUCAGCCUGCGGUGGUGGCGACGACAACGACGACAGCGGCGGCUCCACCGGUUGUAGGGGUUGGGCCACAACAGCAACAGUGGGUGGCGAUGCAGUACCCAGCGGCGGCGAUGGUAAUGCAGCACCAAAUGAUGGCGCCGUCUCCGGGGCAUUACUCGAUGGCCCCACACUACGUACCCUACCAUCCCCACCACCUCCACCAUCCGGUGGCACAACAGCCGCAGCAGGGAUCAGGUGGCGGCGGCGGAGAGAACAGAACGAUCUGGGUCGGUGACCUUCAUAAUUGGAUGGAUGAGGAUUACCUUCGUAACUGCUUUGCUUCCACCGGCGAGGUUGCUUCAAUCAAAGUGAUUAGAAAUAAGCAGACAGGUUUCUCAGAGGGAUAUGGAUUUGUGGAGUUUUUUUCACAUAGUGCAGCGGAAAAGGUUUUGCAGAGUUAUACAUGCCUUGCUAUGCCGAAUACAGAACAACUACAACUAUUCCGAUUGAACUGGGCGACAUUUAGCAUGGGAGAUAAGCGGUCAAACAAUGGUUCUGAUCUUUCAAUAUUUGUAGGAGAUUUAGCUGCGGAUGUAACUGAUACUUUAUUGCAUGAAACUUUUGCUAAUAAAUAUCCAUCGGUUAAAGCUGCGAAAGUGGUCAUAGAUGCAAACACUGGUAGAUCCAAAGGGUAUGGUUUUGUAAGGUUUGGAGAUGAUAGCGAGAGGACUCAAGCCAUGACUGAAAUGAAUGGGACAUACUGUUCAAGUAGGCCCAUGCGUAUUGGUGCUGCUACCCCACGAAAAUCGUCUGGUUAUCAACAACAAUAUGGCUCACAAGGUGGUUAUAUGUCAAAUGGUGGCUCUCAAUCUGAUGGAGAUUCUAAUAAUACAACGAUUUUUGUUGGAGGGCUUGACCCUACUGUAAGCGAUGAGGAUCUUAGGCAGCCUUUCUCCCAGUAUGGUGACAUAGUUUCAGUUAAAAUACCCAUUGGAAAAGGAUGCGGGUUUGUACAAUUCGCCAACAGAAAUAAUGCGGAGGAGGCACUGCAGAAACUAAAUGGCACAACAAUUGGGAAGCAAACUGUGCGACUUUCUUGGGGACGUAACCCUGCAAAUAAGCAGAUGAGAAAUGAGUUUGGGAACCAGUGGGCGGGAGCAUAUUAUGGGGGGCACAUGUAUGAUGGAUACGAGUAUGCCAUGACACCACCUCAUGACCCGGGAAUGUAUGCUGCAGCAUAUGGGGCUUAUCCGAUGUAUGGCAUUCAUCAACAACAAUGUCUCUCUUGGGAGUGUAGAAUGCGCCCAAUUCUCUCCUCCCUCUGA